CGUCACUGCCCCGGCGCUCUUAUUUCCUGUCUCAGUCAGUCGCUCCGCUCAUCACAGAGAAAGUCGCCUCUGAUACGGUCUGAUCAUGUCGGCUCUACUAAGAGGAAUCCUGUCCGCCCGCUCUGCCCAGUUAAUGAGGGGCCACGGCAUUGUCCAGCGGGCUAACCUGUACGCCAAGCCGGCCAAGGAGAACAUCGGGACCGCGGAGACGGCCAUCGGAUUCAUGGUAUUCACCGUGGCGCUGCUGGGUCCUGCUGGCUGGGUGCUGGCCAACCUGGAGAACUACAAGAAGAGGGACUGAGCCGGAACCAGGACCGGAACCAGGCUCCCCUCUACCGGACCACACCACACCCCCAACCUCCGAACCUGCGGACCAUUCCUGUUACCUGCAUCUAAAUCCCUCCCGCUGUCUUCAAAGAGAGCUCGCCCUGACUGAACGCACACACGCGUCAUGUGGUUUACUGUUAACAGACUGGAGCCUUGUGUUGGCCUGUCUGUCCAAUAAACGUUAUUUAAACCUC